AUGAAGACUCUCUUAAUUACACUCUCAGCGCUGACUGCAGCGGUUACUGCAGCCAGCAGUAGCGGUUGUGGAAAAUCCCUUCCCGAUAAUGUUCAUCUUGGGGAAUCUGUAAACCUGACUAUCAAGAGCGAAAGCGGCGCCACACCUCGAGGCUACCGCCUGCACAUUCCUCCGUCUUAUGAACAGAACACUGAGCUUCCACUCAUAUUGUCUUUCCAUGGCCGAGGCAAGGAUGCCAAGUUUCAGGAGGCUUUGAGCCAGUUCUCCAAUGCGAGUUAUGGGUUUGAAGGCAUCGCUGUGUAUCCCGAGGGCGUACCAAACAAAAAAGGAACCCAACAAUUCGAGGGCGAUCCUGAUUCCCCCAAGUCCAUCAGCGAUGUGACCUUCACCCUGGAACUGCUCGACCAUCUCGAAUCGACAUAUUGUAUUGAUACAUCUCGCAUCUAUGCAAACGGGAAGUCGAACGGCGGCGGCUUCACUGGCAUUCUCGCUUGUGACGCCAAAGCAACCAAGCGCAUCGCGGCUUUCGCCCCGGUGUCAGGUGCUUUUUACUUAGAUGCAGACCAGCAGCCGCCGCCCUGCAACCCCAGCCGAAAGCCAAUACCGUUCAUGGAGUUCCACGGCUACCCAGACUCUACGAUCCGCUACCAAGGCGGAAACAAUACGCGUGACACUGCCAGUACCUCGGACAUUGUUACCUAUGUAAACGAUUGGGCUCGGCGCGACGGCUUCGAGCCGGCGGCCAACAAGACGACGCAUUUGUGUAGUGGGAAGAAGGCGGUGACGAGGCACAGCUGGGACGACGUGGUUGUGGACUACAACUACACCAACAUCAAGCAUGACUGGCCCAGCUCCUUUCCCAACGGCGAUACGGAUACCUUGCUGACGUGUGAAGACGCGGAAGCAACACCUAUUAUUCUCGAAUGGUUUAAGAAGUGGACUAUUUGA